AUGCUUUUGCCUCUUCACGCAACAGUGCGACACAUUUCGUCCAGAUCUCAUCAGGGAUUCCACAUUGUGGCCACAGGGAAAGCAAUGGUCUACCUCAAGCUAGGAUCGGUUACAAUCUCCCUUCAGGGCAAGGCUCCAAUCAAACUGGAUCCAGGCCACGUCAUUACUGUAUCUGAGAAUCGAAAUGCAGUUAAACUUACAUUUGAAAUGGAAGCCACACCAGGAGAAGCGCUGCGAGAUCUUGUCGACAACGACCGGUCGUACUGUUCUUGGCAAGCAGGCUCCAGUCAUUACGUCCGCUAUCUGGAUGACAAAGAGGUGUAUUUUCUGCAUGACACUGAAGGUGCGUGGCCAAGCCUUUACAGUACAAUAAUAUCUUAA